GAAAGGCCGGCUCCGAGGCAGCUCUGCCAGCCCAGCCCAGCCCAGCUCCGCCAGCGCCGACCACACUCCCUGCCGCCGCGUCCGUGGCUGCCAGGCUCCCAGGACCCAGCCCGCCUCUGCCUGCCGGAGCAGCGCGUCUCGAGACACUGCGGCGGUCAAGGACGCCAUGGGGCGUGGCUGGCCCUCCGGACUCUGCUGCUGCUAGCUGCUGACGUCAAGAGAUGCCGCCGACGCUGCUGUCGAUGGUGGGCGGGGCGGGCGCCGGCGUGGGCGCGGUCAGCCCGGCCACGUGGCUCAUGGCGCCGCUGCUCGCCAUGGGCCUCACCGCCUACUACCGGUACGCCUCCGUCGACCCGGAGACUCACCCCAUCAACGCGCGCACUCUGCUGCCGGAGUACGACUUCGUCGUCGUGGGCGGCGGCUCCGCGGGGGCCGUAGUCGCCAGCAGGCUCUCCGAGAUCCCCGGCUGGAAGGUGCUGCUGCUGGAGGCCGGAGGGGACGAGAACGAGGUGACGGACGUGCCGUCGCUGGCGGGCUACCUGCAGCUGUCGCAGUUCGACUGGAAGUACAAAACGGCGGCCUCGGGCCACGACUCGCCCUACUGCCUCGCCAUGGUCGGCGACCGCUGCAACUGGCCCCGCGGGAAGGUGUUGGGCGGGUCGAGCGUGCUGAACGCGAUGAUCUACGUGCGGGGCAACCGGCGCGACUACGACCGCUGGGCGCAGCUGGGCAACCCGGGCUGGAGCUACGACGAGGUGCUGCCCUACUUCCGCAAGUCGGAGGACCAGCGCAACCCCUACCUGGCCAGGACGGCCUACCACUCCACAGGGGGGCUGCUCACCGUGCAGGAGGCGCCCUGGCGCUCGCCGCUCGCCGUCGCCUUCGUGCAGGGCGGCCAGCAGCUGGGCUACGAGCACCGCGACUGCAACGGCGAGCGGCAGACGGGCUUCAUGAUCGCCCAGGGCACCAUCCGGCGCGGCUCGCGCUGCUCCACGGCCAAGGCCUUCCUGCGGCCCGUCCGCCUGCGCCACAACCUGCACGUGGCCAUGCACGCCCACGCCACCAAGCUGCUGUUCGAGGGCGGCCGCGCCGUCGGCGUCGCGUUCAUGCGGGACGGCGUCCAGCAGGCGGUGCGGGCGAAGCGCGAGGUGGUGCUGUCCGCGGGCGCCAUCAACAGCCCGCAGCUGCUGAUGCUGUCGGGCGUGGGGCCGGCGGAGCACCUGCAGGAGAUGGGCAUCCCCGUGGUACGCGACCUCAAGGUGGGCCACAACCUGCAGGACCACGUGGGCCUCGGCGGGCUCACCUUCGUCGUCGACAAGCCCGUCACCUUCACCAGGGCCCGCUUCCAGACGGUGCCGGUGUUCCUGGAGUACGUGCUGAACGAGCGCGGCCCGCUUACGUCGCUGGGGGUGGAGGGCGUGGCCUUCGUCAACAGCAGGUUCGCCAACCACUCCGACGACUGGCCUGACGUGCAGUUCCACUUCGCGCCCAGCUCCAUCAACUCGGACGGCGGCGAGCAGAUCCGCAAGAUCCUGGGCCUGCGGGACGGCGUGUUCAACACGGUGUACAAGCCGCUGCUGAGGGCGGAGACGUGGACCAUCCUGCCUCUGCUGCUGCGGCCGCGCAGCGCCGGCUGGGUGCGGCUGCGCUCCGCCAACGCGGCCCACCACCCUCUCAUCGUGCCCAACUACUUCGCGCACCGCGAGGACGUCGACACGCUCAUCGACGGGAUCCGCAUCGCGCUGAACCUGUCGUCGACGCCGGCGUUCCAGCAGUUCGGCUCGCGGCUGCACAGGAUCCCGCUGCCGGGCUGCGCGCAGCUGCCCUUCGCCUCGGACGCCUACUGGGAGUGCGCGCUGCGCCACUUCACCUUCACCAUCUACCACCCGGUGGGCACGUGCAAGAUGGGCCCCGCCUCCGACCCCGACGCCGUGGUGGACGCGCGCCUCAGGGUGCACGGGCUGCGCGGGCUGCGCGUCGUCGACGCCUCCGUCAUGCCGCACAUCGUCAGCGGAAACCCCAACGCGCCCGUCAUCAUGAUCGCCGAGAAGGCGUCCGACAUGAUCAAGGAGGACUGGAAGGACCUCAGGUAGCCGCCGGUGCAACUAGGCCUCCGUCGAGGGCGGUCCACGAGUGCACCGAUUAACAUUUCCCGCUUUCUACUCGGUGACAAGAAUGAAGCUACGUUUAAAAUCUCGUGCAGCAAUGUCGCCACCGCAGUCUGACGGCAGCUCGAUUUUCAACCAAAAUCAGACUUUUUUUAUACUAAUCGUCACAAAGCUGGGGCGAAAUAGUCGAUUUAACUUGUCAGACGUACUUUGAGUUCACUUACGACCUAACAGAAUGCUUUUCGUUGUAACUUAUUUAGUAUAUAGAAAUGUGGCAUGUGCUGUGUAAUAUUUUCGUACUUCACAAGCUGCUUCGCGUUUGAGUAAAACUCGAGCUUUCGCUGAUAUUUCUCACCUUUAUCGCCAGGAGAUGACUGCUCCGCACUGACGUUCUCUCUUCUGUACCACUGGUCUGCCUCGUAAUUCUGCCCGGUGGGCAUAGAUUGGAGGGGGAAGGGAGUUUGUAUUCUCUUCACUGUCCGUCAUUUCCUACAUUUUCGCACUCAAAUCUCGCGCUCAAAUGACAUCACUGCUCCAGUGAUACGCCAGAGCGCUACUAUAUAAGGUACAAAUAUCGGUCCCGGCAAUCUGUUGGUACCUGACGAUGAUCACGGCGAAUGUAUUCGAAUGCUUAAGUAUUAACUCAAAAUGACGAGACUUGAAAGUCGAGAAAAUGUUAGACAUGUACGCCACUGCGAAAGAGUCAGAGACACUGACUGGACGAAGGCUUAAUCUGUCAAGUCCAAGUGCGAAUCGCUUCUGUGGCAACAGGGAACACUGUUACUCAUGACUUCUUCGUGAGAUUUACGUAACAAGCGGUAGCAAAAUGUUUGUGAAAAAUUUAGUUAACAUUUGUUAACUUCGUUAGUCCUACAAAUUUCUAUUCUGGUCAUAAUUUGAUGUUCUAUUCACUUACGUGUCAUCGCAAGACAUAUUCCUUAUGUUAAGUGCCAUUAUAUUUACGUAAGUAGUUAAGGACAUAAAAACACUAUAUCAUUUUGCAAGCGAUCUAUAAGGACUGCUACAGUGUGCUCGAUGCAAAAUAAUGAAGAGCAAUCGCAUUUUCAUGCGAGCUACAGAGAUGUUUUUCCCUUUACUUGGUAUUAUUCGUGUGCUCGAAACGUUCGCAUAUUGACAAGAAAGAACAAUAUUGUUUCAUAUACUCACAGAACUAUUUUGAAAAAAAAUUGUUAAAUCAUGUAUAAGUGUAAGCCAUCCAAGAAAUAUCAUAACUAUUCACUGUAAGAGGUAAAUUCGUGUACUGUGAAAAACACUGUCUGCAAGGAGGCAAAAAGGAGCAAACGCACUAAAUUGUAUUUUAUUAUAAAAUAGUUUCGUUUCCGGUUGAAUAAAGGAAUGAGAAAACACCCACCCACACCCACACACAUAUACACACACUCACAUACACACACUCACAUACACACCACACAAAAUACGAGCUACAGUAUUUUCUGAAUUUGGCAACGAUAUUUAUAUCUGAUACGAGUGAGUUUACCGAUGUCACGUAAACAUUAUUUAUCUGUAUGAGACCUGCAGUUUAGUGUCAUGGUUUGUAUACAAUACCAAUUUCUCAUUAUCACAAUGUUUACUAGCGA